CGGGCAGCUCCCGCGCCCGGGCGGCGCAGCGGGGCGAGGCGGCUCGUGCCGGCGAGGGAAAUUUCAAAUAUGUUUCAACUUCCCGUGGAAAAUCUUGACAACAUCCGAAAGGUACGGAAAAAGGUGAAAAGCAUUCUUUUGGAUAUCGGACUUGACAGCUGCAAGGAGUUACUUAAGGACCUUAAAGCCUUUGAUCCAGGAGAGAAGUACUUUUAUAACACGUCAUGGGGAGAUGUUUCUCUCUGGGAACCUUCUGGAAAGAAAGUGCGGUACCGAACCAAGCCGUACUGCUGCAGCCUCUGUAAAUACUCAACCAAGGUGCCAACCUCAUUCAGGAACCACCUGCACCGCUACCACGAGGAUGAAAUGGACCAGGAGUUGCUGGUCCCAUGCCCACACUGUGCAUUCGCAUCUCAGCCCAAAGUUGUGGGGAAGCACUUGCGGGUGUUCCACGCCCCUACCCGCAAGGUCCAGAACUACACUGUGAACAUUCUGGGCGAAGCCAAGUCACCCCGCAGUGACUUCAUCAGUUUCACAUGUUUGAAAUGUCACUUCUCCAACACGCUGUACUACAUCAUGAAGAAGCACGUGCUGGUCGCCCAUUUCCACCACCUUAUCAAUGCCUACUUUGGUCUGCGGACGGAGGACCUGGGUGAACAGUCGAAGGCCGGCGACGCGUGUGCUGCCGACAAGACACCAGCCCCCAACAAGUAUUACUGCAAGAAAUGCAGCGCCAGUGCCUGCAGCCAGGAUGCGUUAAUGUACCACAUCUUGACAUCAGAGAAGCACAGGGAUUUGGAGAAUAAGCUUCGGUCUGUGAUUUCAGAGCACGUUAAGAAAACCGGUCUGCUGAAGCAGAUGAAUAUUGCUCCCAAACCAGCUGCAAAUGUGGCCGCUCCCCCUCCCAGCGGUGCUCCAGGCAUUCCAGCCACACCACCCUGCUUCCACCUUGCCUUGCCACCCAGCCAAAGCCAAACCCUAGUUCAGCCCGUCUCCCUGGCCUCGGGCGCUUGUGGGGGACUUGCCCCCCAGCCCCCCGGUGCCAUGGCCAAGUCCCAGGUGGCACUCAUCUCCAGCUCGCUGCCCACAGGCCCCAGCAGCCUGGCUCUGCAAACACCAGUCUCCCAGCCAGUCUUCAUGUCACAUGGAGUCCCACCCAACCAGCCUGUGCGCCCCACCCUGCUGCCCCUCAGCCAGCCUGUCAGGCCCAUAGCCGACUCAUCGGAGACCAUCCUCCAGAGGGUUCUGCCACUCACUCCACCUGCCGGGCCCCUGAGCAGGCCCGCUGGGCCUGGCACUCUGCCGGGAAUCAGGCCUGCCGGGUCUGGUGUCCUGCCUGUAGGGCAUGCGGUGGCCCCUGGGGUUCUGCAGGCCAUCUCACCAGGAGUGAUCUCUGUAGGCCAGACAGUCCCUCCAGCUGUGCUUCCUGCUAGCCAGGUGGCCCCCACGGGGGUAGUUCCUCCAGGACAGAUGGCUUCUGCGGGGGUCCUUCCUGCCAGCCAAAUGGUCCAGUCAGGGGCACUCCCCAUUGGCCAGACGGCACCGGCAGGCAUGUUCCCAGCUGGGCUGACGGUCCCGCCCCGGGUGUUGCCCCCUGGGCAGACGGUCCCAUUGCAGGUCCUCCCUACGGGCCAGAAGGCCUCAUCAGGAGCACUUCCCACCAGUGGCCAGGUGGUCCCAACAGGGCUGCUUCCUCCCACCCAGGGGGUCUCAUCAGGGGUACUGCCUGUGGGCCAGAGCAUGAGCCCCAGUGUCCUGCAGCUUGGCCAGCCUGUUGUGUCAGGCAUGCUUCCUGUGGGCCAGUCUGUGCGACCUGGCCUCCUGCAGCUUGGUCAGUCUGUCAGCAGCAGCCUCGUGCCUGGGAGCCCACCUGUCAGGCCAGGCACUGCACCCACCACCACCCUCCUCACCUCGGGCUCCAUCCUCAGGCAGCUCAUCCCCACGGGAAAGCAGGUGAACGGCAUUCCCACCUACACACUGGCUCCUGUCUCGGUCACCCUGCCUGUGCCCUCAGGGGGCGUCUCGGCCACUGGCCCACCCCAGUUGCCCCUCCAGCUGCUGCAGCCCGGGGUAACUGGCCUGCCUCCACCCCCCAUGGUGGUGAGUACUCCUCAGAGCAUGUUUGUCCAGGCCGCGGCGUCUGGGUCUGAGGCGAGCCAUGCCCUCAGGCAGGCCAAGCAGUGGAAAACCUGCCCCGUGUGCAAUGAGCUCUUCCCCUCCAACGUGUACCAGGUGCACAUGGAGGUGGCGCACAAGCACAGCGAGGCCAAGCCCAGCGAGAGGCUGGAGCCCGAGAAGCUGGCCGCCUGCGCGCCCUUCCUCAAGUGGAUGAAGGAGAAGACUGUCCGCUGCCUGUCCUGCAAGUGCCUGGUCCCCGAGGAAGAACUCAUCCGCCACUUGCUGAACCAUGGCCUGGGCUGCCUCUUCUGCCCCUGCACCUUCCACAACCUCAGGGGCCUCUCGGAGCACUGCCGGACCAAGCACAGGGGCAAGGAACGGCUGCCCGUGGACUACAGCGGCCGGGGCUUCCAGCUGGAUGUGGACGCCAGUGGCGGCCUGCUCUUCCCCCACAUCGACUUCAUCACCCUCUUGCCAAAGGAUGAGCUCGGCGAGCGGGAAGUCUAUCUGGCUGUGCUGGCCGGUGUUCACUCAAAGGCCCUUGUGCCUGUGUACAUCAAGGUGCGACCCCAGGCAGAGGGCGCCACCAGCACCCCCCGCCAGCAGGUGCUGACCUGCCCUUUCUGCUUUGGCACGUUUGUGACCACGGAGGCGUACGAGGUACACUUGAAGGAGAGGCACCAUAUUACACCCACAGUGCACACGGUCCUGAAGUCACCUGCCUUCAAGUGCAUCCACUGCUGUGGGGUCUACACUGGGAACAUGACCCUGGCGGCUAUUGCCGUCCACCUGCUGCGCUGCCGGAGCGCCCCGAAGGACAGUAGCUCGGAGCUGCAGCUGCAGCCCGGCCUCAUCGACAAUAGCGGGCUGCUCUUGGUCAGCGGGGAGAUGCUCCACGAGGCCGGCUUCUCGGUGAAGAGGAAGCUCCCCGAGGGCCACCUUGGGCCCGACGAGCCGAGGGCCGGGGACGAGCAGCCUGUCCUGGAUGGCGGCGACACCUCACUCGCUCUGGAAAAGGCGGCAAGUGCCAUUCCUUUUAAGAGGCAGAAGAACGAGAGCAGGACAGAUGCCCCAACGAUUACUGACGAGGCGCUGGAGAUCCUGGCGCUGAACCCCAGAAAGUACGAGGACCGUUCCUAUGAGGAGAAGAAGCAGUUCCUGAGGGACUAUUUCCAUAAGAGGCCCUAUCCCAGUAAAAAGGAGAUUGAACUGCUCUCCUCACUCCUCUGGGUGUGGAAAAUCGAUGUGGCUUCGUUUUUUGGGAAACGAAGAUAUAUUUGCAUGAAAGCAAUAAAAAAUCACAAACCUUCUGUACUUUUAGGCUUCGAUAUGUCUGAGCUUAAGAACGUCAAACACAAAUUGAACUUUGAGUAUGAACCUCAGAACUUGUAAAAAUAAGGAAAAUCUAAACUAGGUAAUUGGCCGUUUUACCUAUUGAAAUUUUGAAACAUUACUUUCUCCACUAGUGUGUUGGGCUGAUUUGGUGGUCUUGAUGCUGCUCUUCAGAUUAAUUCAGGUGCUCAGAAAGACUGUUCUGUAAGGGAGUGCAUCGAUUUUUUCACAUUUAUUUCCUGUGGUUGAUUUUGUAAUUAUUAUUUAAAAAAAUUUUUUUUUAAUUACAGUUUUCCGUCACGUGAAUUGAAUCUCUGAUGCUUCAUGCACGCCGUUUUCCUGGUGGUGAACUCCACAAACUGCUGCUCGGUUCCCGUUUCAGCUUCCCGAGGGCUGCCACAUCCUGUGUCAUCUGGUUCACCUGGCUGCACACCCCUUCAGGGCACCCUGGACUCUAAAGUGUCUGCUGACUAGAUGAGCCCUUUGAUUUACCUUUCUGGCGAUGUUUCGGUAGAAUUCCUAGGGGGACCAGAUGUUUUCAUUUGCUGAAAUACCCUGACCCUGGUGGCUGGUCUGUAGCUCCUGCAUCAGAAUUGAUGUACAGUACAGUGGUUCUGUGGGGCAGAAACGCUCUCUGGUGUAGGCGCCUCACCUUUUUUGAUGUGGUGAUCAUUUCUCCAUUCAGAGGUGAGACAAGAAAUCUUUAGUGCCUUUAGAAUAAACAAUAAUAAAAUGUCUUCUAAUUUAACUGUCCAUGAACUAGUAAGAGGGAAGGACCACAUUACUCAGGAAUAAAAAUUUUAACCCUGAGUGUGGUUAUAAGUUGAAACUUUAAACAGGUUUUCAUGGGACACCAUGAGGCAAAGAGGGCAGAUGGCAACCCCUGGGUUGGUGUAUUGAUUUUUUGGGAAGAAGCUCCUGAGAGGUCAGCAUGAAUCCUGGGCUCCCCACUCCCACGCUGUCUGAGUUGGUGGGACUGUCAGUUGUUAGAGGCCCCAUUGUAUAACUGUUCUCUAGUUUCUUAAACAAUUGUCAAGAAUUGCUUCAAGUGCCAGAGCCAGUGGUGGAGAGCUGCCAGGUGCCCAGGUGGCAGGUAGCUUGGUCAGGAGCCCAUUGGAGGGCAGCCCCACCUGGCCGGGUGGGCAGAGCCUCUUGGAAACACAGUAGAGCUCAUUCAGUGGUGGUUGUACACAUGUACCUUUGCAUGUCUGGUCAUCGUGUGCAUUUAAGGCUAUUGUGAAGUUUGUCUGUGAUUGUCAGCGUCCUCUUACAAAUUCAAAAUAAGAGCUUGUUGAACUUUAUUUUUUUUUUAACCUGUUGUUUUCAGAGUGCCUAUUUUGAAUUAAACUUGUUACACCACA